AUCUUUAAUACUUAGGUUCCUACCUGAAACCACCGGUGAUUUCAAAGCUCGUUAAGUGAUAGCUUUUUCAUCUCCUCCCACAACCAUUUGAACCAUUUAAACAAGGUCUGAGAGACCAGUAGCUCUACCUAAAUAGAUGUUUUGACCUUGAUCGGUCAGCUCUUGAUUUGACUCUCUGCCUUGCAGUGGGUUAAAACUACCUGCUUCGUUCAGCUUCAUUCUCAAGAUUAUCUUAAUCUGAGGCUUUUUUUAUUUGCCACUUGCUAUUUAUUGCUUUCUGUAGUAAAUAUAAGUGCAUUUCGUACGCUUGCUCGCUCACCGACUCACUUUUCCUGUUGUGCUUCUCAUAUGUAGUCAUAUUCACAGUACUCUGCAUGCUCCCCUGGUACACAGAGUACCUUGCACUUUGUGCUACUGGGAAGUCGAAAUACAACUUUCCUUGCUUCUAAAAUUUUUUAAAUUCCCGAAGUGAUUUUGGGUAUACGAAUUUGUAUGUAACCCAUACAAAAAUACUCAAGCUGCCAACUUUGGGGAUGUUCUGGGAAAUUUUGGGGUUUUCGUCUCAUUUCCCCAAAAUUUACUAUAGCGGCUUUCCCAAAAUGGACCAAAUUUUCCCCAAAGUUGGCAGCUUGGGUAUAGGUGUCUUUAUUUCAUCUUUCUGUAGGUCAUGUAAAUCCAUGUCAGCUGAAUAUACGAAGUGUCUCUAGAAUAACUUUACAUCAACACUGCUAGACCUUCAUGUUCUUCUUUAGCGUAUUAUUUUAUGUGUAGGUGUUUCAAACUAUCCGGUAGUAGCGGCUUAUGAGGCACUGUUAUUAUUAUGAAGAACUUUGGAUUGAAAACUAGCCUUCCCAAGUCGGGAAUUGUUAAAUAACUCGGUAACCCAGGUAGUUAUCUUACGUUGUCAACUAAGGAUCUAUGGUGUCAUGUUUCCAGAUGAGUAGCGAGCAAAACACGCUCCUGAUUCAUAAUGGAUAUCUUUUUUUGAUCCUCAAUUUUUACUCGGUUCAUAUCGUUUGGCUCCACAGUUAUCGAUUGGUCAGUUUCUGAGUCAUUAAUGAGAUCAAAAUGUUUCUUAAAAUAUUUUGCCUUGACUUAAUCCCAAUUUCUUCGAAGCACUUCGGUAAGAUGCAUCGAGUUAUAAUUUAUAUGAAGUCAGAAGUUGCAAUUUAAACUAUUUACUGGAAACAAUGUCACAAAAUCUAGCGAAAAUGAUUCGCAAGUGUAGUUUAUUUAACCAGAAUAUCUAUCCCACCUUAUUUUGUAAGAAAUUCGUAUUCGAAUGUAACGCCUACGAAUGUAAUUUAUUAAUGGUACUAUUGCUAUUAUUGAAAACUAUUUGCUGUAAUAUGCUAUAUUUUACAAUAUUCUGUGUAUAUUUUUAGUGAUCUAUGUGGUCCAUGCUGAAAUUCUAACGUUUAUUUUUGUACUUUUUCUAAAAACAACCUGUAUUCUUAUGUUUCAGGACUAUCAUUUUGGUGGUCUCAUGAACUAACUAUCCAAAUCACUUAGCAUUGAUCCUAUGACACCCAUCAACUGAUGACAAACCAAGUUGUUUUGAAGUAUGAAAAGCUAGAGAAAAUUGGAGAAGGUACAUAUGGCAAAGUCUAUAAAGCGAGAAACCGAGAGACACAUGAAAUUGUUGCACUUAAACGUGUUCGACUAGAAAAUGACGAUGAAGGUAUUCCUAGUUCAGCUUUUCGAGAAAUAUGUCUCUUAAAAGAACUUAAACAUAAAAACAUUGUCAGACUUUUUGACGUCCUGUUAAGCGAGUCAAGGCUAACAAUUGUAUUUGAAUAUUGUGAUCAGGAUUUGAAGAAAUACUUCGACAGUUGUAAUGGUGAUAUAGAUCAGAAUACUGUAAAGCUUUUUAUGUUCCAACUUCUACGUGGUCUUCAGUUUUGUCACAGUCACAACGUUUUACACCGAGACUUGAAGCCACAAAAUCUACUGAUCAAUGAUAAUGGAGAGUUAAAGUUGGCUGAUUUCGGUCUGGCUCGCGCAUACGGAAUACCCGUGCGACAAUACUCAGCAGAAGUUGUCACACUCUGGUAUCGACCACCAGAUGUUCUUCUUGGAGCUAAAUUAUACACAACCUCAAUUGAUAUGUGGUCAGCUGGUUGUAUUUUCGCUGAAAUGUCCAAUGCUGGAAGACCGCUUUUUCCUGGUUAUGAUGUUGAUGAUCAAUUGCAGAGAAUUUUUAAAUUAUUAGGAACUCCGACUGAAUCAACCUGGCCAUCUGUUGUUGAAUUACCCGACUAUGAACCAUUUACUGUGAUGUAUCCUCGUACAAUGAAUUGGCAUCAAGUUGUUCCGAAAAUGUCAUUUCGUGGUCGUGAUUUAUUACAACAACUUGUUAUUUGUAAUCCAUCUGACCGUAUAUCAGCUGAUCAAGCAUUAAAACAUUCAUAUUUUGAGAGUAUUCUGUGAUAUUAAUUUUAAUUGAACAAAACAAACAUGGAUCAAUAAGUUUUGCUUUUUUUCGAAAAAAAUUUAAUUCAAUUUGAAAAUGAGAGGAAAAAAAAAGAAUUUAAAUGUUUUCGUAGGAGAAACCAAACAACAGUUUGUCGAUUGAACAUUUACAUGGAGAAAGUAAUGAUAUUAUUCUAGAAUUUUCCUCCGAAAAAAGUACAAUAUUCUCUACAUUGAUUAUUGAUUUUUUUGGUUAGCAAACUUUUUCUUAGAUUUAAUCAAACAAGUUAUUUAGGUUGUAAUAUUGUUAGUCUAGUGAUAGGAUUACCUUUUCGACGUAAAACUGUUGAGUUCACAGUAGCUAUAUAUAUGUAAGAAACGUAUCAACUAAUCAGAGCAUACCUAGUCUGUCGAUAAUAAAUUUAGCCAAUGAGAUAAAGAAGGGAAUAAAUGCGACUAACUAAAAAAAGCAUAGCCAUACGACAAGGAUUUCACACAUUCAAUUGAGAUAAAGAAUCGGGAGGAAUUAUCCAUAAAAUGUAUCCGUCUUGCAGACAUUGGGAUCAGAAGCGCGGUCACCAACCACAAACUCACGACAAUUUACGACUACCUCACCCCACUGCCUAUUUCUUGCUUACCAAACACCAACAACAACAAUAACAACACCUACGACCAAUUGCACCAGAGCCAAAACACAACAUUACCACAAAAACAUCAUCCUAAGUAACCCUGUCACAUCCACUUGCACAUAUCACAGUCAUGGAAAUAUGUCGAGAGCAGGGCAGCAUGUUGCAAAUACUCAAGUGUCUGGAUGACAGUCGCUUACACCUGAACAACAACAUUGCGUGUACGUUUAAGCAAAUCAACACAUAAAUAAAUGUAAAAUACCCUCUUUUCAAUAAGUCAUCGUUUGCAGUUACAAAUUACCAGCUAACUAUAUGACUCAAACACAACUAGUCUUCAAUUCAUAGUAUAUCACAUUAUCAUUGUUACCAAUACCAUUAAAGUUAACAGGCAUAAAAACAAAGUCAAUGAUAAAUCAUAAAAACUACUCGACUACCUCUACCAUUACCUACCAGCGCUAACUUAUAUAUCAUUAAUUUCACCACUUAUUCACUCACUACGAGCCAACCAGAUACAUUUACCACUAACUAGCAUAUGGAUCACACUCCUGUAAUCAAUUAACUUAGGUAUAACAAAUUUAUUAUCAAGUCAAAUCAAGUCACAUUAACAAAACAAAACAGAACACUUACAGUGUAAACGAUUUCCUCACUACAUCUCCUGUAGUACUGAUUAGUAAUGCAAUUGUGUCACAUACCCACACAUAUUAGCUACAUAUUAUUAUAUAUAUAUAUAUAUAUAUAUAUAUAUAUAUAUAUAUAUAUAUAUAUAUAUAUAUAUAUAUAUAUAUAUAUAUAUAUAUAUAUAUACAUAUACAUUUAUAUAAAUACAAAUAAAAGUGCACAUUUCACUCACACCAAACCUACCUAAUCACGAUGUACAGUUUAUUUCAUUUACAAAGAAAUCUGCCCAACCACAGUUACUACUGCUGCUUCAAGCCACAUUCCGGUCAUUUACUCAACUAAACUAAACAAGUUACGCAACACUGUCUCAACAAAAAACCAAUACAACACAUACGUGUAUGCACAUUCAAAUUUUAUACACAUCACCACACGCCUAUUACCUCAUCCUUAUCAAUAAUAUUUGUCAGUAGUACCUAUAUCAUUAUCAUUGCAACUAUCAGUAUUAUCAUAUUGACUACCCAUUAUUAUUAUUAUUAUCAUUAUUAUUACUAUUACUACUAUUACUACUACUACUGUACACUGCCAUUUUAAAGCUAACCGAUCCACUAGCUUACCCCACCAUAUUUAUAAAAUCAAGAACAUAAUCAUUAAAAUUAGUAAAGCUUUUUUUCAUCGAAAAUAAUAGUAAUGAUCAGUUGGUUUACAAAACUGCAAUUACAAUACCAGUAAGCAAUUUACCU